CGUUCUCCUCUGAUCUUCUUCUCUAUUUUUCGUUUCAGAAAUUAUUUUCCUCCUUCAUCUCUUCUAGCAUCAAUAUCUGAUCUUUAGUGGAUUUUUUUUCUCUUCUUUGUUGGUCUUUCCUAUUGUUGGAAAUAAUUUUACGUCCUUGCCCAAUUUUGUGCCAACAUGGUAUGCUAAUUGAUACUUUUAAACACUUUUCUGUAAGAUGAAAGCCAUGAACACGUUGCAUGACUAGAUUCUAUAUCGUAGUUUUGAUGUUCCAUUCGUGUAGCAUUUUGCAAUUUCCAUUUUCUUAAUUUUGAUUGGGUUACCCUAUUUUAAUUUUCUUUGCAUUUGACAUGUUGCAUUCAACUUAUGAUAUAAUCAUCCAUUGAUUUUAUUCAAGGUCCGAUAGAUAAAAGGGAAUAAUAAUAAAUAUUUAUAUAGGGCCGUACGCUAUACACGCCUACUAUAAAAUUCCCCAAAUGCAUGUUUGAGAUGUUUUGUGGAUUGGCCAGGCAAACUCAGCGUCUGGGAUGGCAGUGCAUGACGACUGCAAGCUCAAGUUUUUAGAACUAAAAGGCAAGAGGAACCACCGGUUCAUUGUGUUCAAGAUCGACGAGAAAAUCCAACAGGUAACAGUAGAGAAGCUCGGCUCUCCAACUGCUUCGUACCAAGACUUCACCGACUCCCUUCCUGCCAACGAGUGCCGCUAUGCUGUAUUUGAUUUCGAUUUCACCACCAAUGAGAAUUGCCAGAAAUCCAAAAUCUUCUUCUUUGCAUGGGCCCCGGACACAUCCAGAGUGAGGAGUAAGAUGCUCUACGCAAGCUCCAAGGAUAGAUUCAAGAGGGAAUUGGAUGGCAUCCAAGUGGAGUUGCAAGCCACAGAUCCUGGUGAAAUGAGCCUUGAUAUCGUUAAAGCUCGAGCCCUCUAAUUUAUAAAAGGGCUUCAAUUUCCGGAACAAGGGCAAACAUUGAAGCUUUGAAUGACUAAUUUCCUUUAUUCCUCACCAGCCAAACCAAUUAAAUACUUGUUCAAAUGUCUUCAACAAUUUUAUUCAUAGCUUGAUAGUUGGUGAUCAUUGCCAUUGUCGACUAGGUUGUAGCAUCAGUCCCUUAUUAUGUAGGGAACAUUAUAUUACCUUUUACCUGCCUGUAUUUUAGCAUUUUUUUUCUCCAAUUAUUUUUUAUUUUACAAUAGGCUGAGUUACGUUACAGAAUGUAGGGGUUAUAAACCCUAAAAAUUCGCGUCUAACCACUCCUAAUACAAAUUAUGCCACAUC